AUGAGGUUCGUCUUCAGAGGAGAUGGUUUUCCCUUAGCCCAGCAGUUCUCAGCUUAUCAUUUCUGGUUGCAAAUGAUCAACUCUGUUGACUGCUGGAAGCUGCAGCAGCGAUUGUCUACUCAGAGCUCAGAGAAGGCCUGGCCAGCAACUCAGGCAGCAGAGCAGCCCAGCCCUGCCCCAGAUACUGGAAGCUGCUGGGGCCCCUCUCUCCUGGAGCCUCCUGCGCUGCCCUCCUGAGGCUAAGCAGGCUUGCAUCUGACCCACCAUGACACCCACAGAACUCACAAGCCUUAACCUUAAUUUGUCUGAUGAGUACAGCUAUGACUCAGCGUCUUCUGAAGCGUACGAGUACAUGCACGACGACUUCACUGACUUCUUCUGCAAGAAAAGCAAUGUCCGGCAGUUUGCGAGCUAUUUCAUCCCACCCUUGUACUGGCUCGUGUUCAUUGUGGGGACUUUGGGGAACAGUCUGGUCAUCCUUGUCUACUGGUAUUGCACAAGAGUGAAGACCAUGACCGACAUGUUUCUUUUGAAUUUGGCAAUUGCGGAUCUUCUCUUUCUUCUCACUCUUCCCUUCUGGGCCAUUGCUGCUGCCGACCAUUGGAAAUUCCACAGCGUCACGUGCAAAGUGGUCAACAGCAUGUACAAGAUGAACUUCUACAGCUGCGUGCUGCUGAUCAUGUGUAUCAGUGUGGACAGGUACAUUGCCAUUGCCCAGGCCAUGAAAGCACAGAACUGGAGGCAGAAAAGGCUUCUGUACAGCAAAAUGGUUUGUAUCACCAUCUGGGUGAUCGCGGCUGUGCUCUGCAUCCCCGAAAUCCUGUACAGCCAAGUCAGGGGAGAAUCUGAUGUGACCGUCUGCACCAUGGUUUACCCUAGUAAGGACAGCACCAAUGUGAAGUCAGCUGUGCUGACCCUAGAGGUCAUCGUGGGGUUCUUCCUUCCCCUUGUGGUCAUGGCAUGCUGUUAUACCAUCAUCAUUCACACCCUGCUACAAGCCAAGAAGUCAUCCAAGCACAAGGCCCUAAAGGUGACCAUCACUGUCCUUACUGCUUUCCUCUUAUCCCAGUUCCCCUACAGUUGCAUCCUGCUGGUACAGACCAUCAAUGCCUACACCAUGUUCAUUUCCAACUGUGCCAUUUCCACCAACAUCGACAUCUGCUUCCAGGUCACUCAGACCAUCGCCUUUUUCCACAGUUGCCUGAACCCUGUGCUCUACGUUUUUGUGGGUGAGAGAUUUCGCCGGGAUCUCAUGAAAACCCUGAGGAACUUGGGUUGUAUUAGCUGGGCUCAGUGGGUUUCGUUCACGAGGAGAGAGGGGAGCUUGAAGCUGUCUUCUGUGUUGCUCGAGACAACCUCGGGGGCUCUCUCCCUCUGAGGCCUCUUCUCUGACGUGGAUGGUCCUUUUGGAAGUAUAAGAAAUAAAGGUGCAGCUUCCCCACUGAAAGGACCACAGAGAAACUGAAGAAGAAAAAGGAAAUGAGAAAAAUAAAAACAACUCAGAAAAGGAUGCAUCCGAACAACGUUAUUGGUCAGAAUUUGCCACUCUAGAAUUUUCAAAGCCGGCUGGCUACCCCAGGAGACUGUUACUUGGCUCUUGACUGCAAUACCUGUGAGGUUCAAGGAGGGCUAAUGGACAACACCACAGGCCACCCUGGCUUUGCCCCUCACCUGAGCAUUAACAUAUCUGCCCUCUAGAGGAAGGGCUUGAUUGUCUCAGUACACUGGAAAAUGCUGUGGCUUCAGCAAACACAAGAGCACUGGCCACUGAGAUAUUCCACAAAAGCAGAAGGUUUCAUAGAAGCUUCCAUCUUUAGGGAAUUUCUACCCUAGUUUGGGGGCCUGAUACCCAUGCCAGGUCUUAUGGAUUCUUGAUCCAGAGUCUCUCCAAGCAGCCUCAGAUAGAAUUCUCCUUUGGCAUCCUUGGUCUGUUCUGGGCCAGUGAGGGUCUUUGUUCCUGCUUUGAAACCAUCUGCAGGACUGGUCCGUGACUUCCUGGGCAGCUGACCACAUCCCCAAGUCACCUGAUCCUGUUGGCUCCCCACCCAUUUCUGUGUCCUGCUGGAGGUUCUGUGUUCCCACAUCUGCUGCAGGGUUGACCUGGGUGCAGAUCCAGCUUGUGCCUGGUGUCCUGGCAGUGGCUCUCCCGGCACAUACAGGGAGAUCAACAAACGGGUUGGCAGGAACAAGCCCUGGCUCUGAUCUGGGCUCACUCUGCCAAGCUGCACUUUUGCUGGUCCACUCUGUCUGCUGCCUUAUAAAAUGGGUUGGUCCUACGGAGCCUCUUCUUUCUGGAGCUGCUGGAAGGAUAUCUGCCUCCAUGUUUCUUCUCUUUUUCUUACUUGGUAGUGCUAACAUUUCUAAAAGCUUUCAAAUUAGAGAUUAGGCUGAAAAAAAGAAAUAUAAUUCAUUUUUGCUUUGUGGCUUUCUUUUAACUACUUGGCAAAUUUAUCAUAUUGGAGAACAUUUCAUAUAUUUGGAAAAGUGAUUUGUAAUGGAUAUUUAAUAAUAUCCAUUGCUUGUCACUUUCUGCACCCUGUCUCCCUCCAUAUUGUAAAUGUGUGCAAUCAGAGAUCAAAUACCCAUAUAAAGAGUGCAAAGACUAAGAGACUGGGAUAAGGAAAUAAAAUCUCCAAAUAUGUUAAAACCAACUUGGGUGACUAGUUUUUAUUUUUUUAAUCUUUCUCCUCUGGCCAAAUUAUUUCUCAAGGUUUUCGUAGUUAGUCAAAUAAAAUUGCCACGGCGGAUUAUUUGAGCAGCAUCACAAACUGCCCCUGGCUUUGCCACUUGCUCUAGAGGAAGUGUUUGAUUCUAGUACAGUGUGAAUUGCCAACACCUUAACCCCAAACCAAACCCAUUGCUGUCGAGUAGAUUCUAACUCAGAGACCCUAUAGUGCAGAGUAGAACUGCCCCAUAGAGUUUCCAAGGAGUAGCUGGUAGAUUUGAGUUGCCAACCUUUUGGUUAGUAGCCAAGCUCUCAACCACUAGGCAAAAGCAUUGGAUUCUGCCAUAUUAUUCUUUUUCUCCCUGUCCACCUCUAAAGCACUAUUGUUGUUAGGUGCCAUCCAGUUGAUCCUUGACUCAUGGUGACUUCAUGCACAAAGGAACAAAAGGCUGCCUGGUCCUGCACCAUUCCCAUGAUGGGUUAUGGAUCAGACCAUUAUGAUCCAUAGGGUUUUCAUUGGCUGAUUUUCAGAAGUAGAUUGCCAGACCUUUCUUCCUAGUCCUUAUGAGUCUGGAAGCUCUGCUGAAACCUGUUCAGCAUCAGAGCAACACACAAGCCUCCCCUGACAGAUGGGUGGUGGCUGCCCAUGAGGUGCAUUGGCUGGGAAUCGAAUCUAGUUCUCCUGAGUGGAAGGGAGAAUUCUACCAUUGAACCGCCAUUGCCUCAUAAAGCACGUGUUAGUGAGUACUAAAGUGGGUGGAACAUGGCAGCAACAAAGGACAGGGAGAGAGUACUGCAAAGUGCUAGCUAACCCAUCCCUGCGCUGCCCACGUGGCUGCGUGGUGGGGAAACAAGCACUGGCCUGGGACCAGCGCAUGAACAUGGGCGCCAGUUCAACAAGCACCACUUAUAGUCAAGGGGAGAAUGACUUCUCCAAGGUUAGUUUAUGGACAGAGCUAUCCAUCUGACCACCAUUUCCAGGAGAAGACCCAGAAGGCUGCCCUUUAAGAAACUUGGAAGAAUAAGCAACAAAGGUCUGGCCACACCUAUAUAACAUUGUGCGAUUAGGUGGGAAGAAAACGAUUGAGUUUGGGUUUUCCAUUCUAGGUCCUUUUGAGACUGUGGCUCUGAUACUUUAUGUCAUGGGGGCCCCACAGAGCUGAGGAUGGGGGGUGGGGUGGAAAGAGGAAGGAGGGGGUCAUGACUGUUGAAUCUAUACUCUGCCUACAGUUACUUAAGGGUGCCAUGAUGCAGACUUAAAGGGAACUUAAUGGUAAUUAAGAGUUUGGUCAAUGUAUGUUAGUUGGAAAAACAUGCCAGGGACCCCACUUGUUCCUCUCUGAUUUAUAAGGAAGGAGUUGUGGGAACACCACAAGAACUAGGAGCCCUGCAUUGCAGCCUAAUGUUCAAUAAUCAUUCCCAGUCCCAAGGCUUCCUUUAGGGCCUGGCUGUUACUAUUGGACUGUCCCAGUCCUAACAAAGCUUCGAUUUAGGAUGAAAGAUAUGUUACAACUGUAUUAUAUUUGCAAGAUUUUAUGUAUCUUUUGUUGUCAAAGAAUCUUAUUCUUGAAGUGAUUGCAUAAAUAGGUCCAUGUUGCAUUCAAAUUAAAUUAGGUUUCCCCAUGGAAGUGUCAGCAUGGAAAAAUCCAUGAGGAAAUCAUGAUCCACUCAACACUUCUAGAAAGUAUGUUGUGUGAAUCCUUGCUGAAAUAAAGAUAAAAGAGAAAUUAUAACAUAUAAUUACAUUUUACCAGAACUCUGUAAAUAAGAAAAAAUCAGGAAACU